UCGUCUAUCGGGAAUAAAGUAUUACAUUGUCUAACAGAUAAAAUACUGUUUAAUGGAUAUUUAACAUAAUAAGGCCUAGUAAGUCUUGAGAAAUAUUUUGUUAUGAAAUCGGACUGAAAAGUUGUUAUGCUGAAGGUAUGGAAAGUAGCUGGCAACUGUGCCAUAUUAAUGUUUCUGGUGAUGACAGUUUUAGUCUACAUGUUUUGUCUAAACAAAGGACUGAUAAACUACGGUUUUAAAUACAAUCAGCUAAACUCGACGUUGACAUUGAUCAAGAAUGAUGUGGCAGAACCCUCAGCGAAAAGUGACACUCCCACAGUGGCACUAAACAUUACAAAGUCUGAAAACAAUUCGACACAGUGUAAACACCGACAAGUAAAACUUUCGGAACGUCGCCUUCCAUUGACUGGGCUGUUGAGUUUCCCCGGGUCGGGAAACACAUGGACUCGACACCUCAUCCAACAAAUGACAGGUAUCGGAACAUCAAGCGUAUAUUGUGAUUCCAGCCUGCGAUCAAAUGGUUUUCCGUUUGAAUGCAACAGAGUUCCCGGAAAAACUAUCGUCGUCAAGGCGCAUGAGCUUAAGUACGUUUUCAAGUUCGAGAAGAUCGUUCUACUCGUGCGAAACCCUUAUGACGCGCUGCUCUCAUAUGCAAUGUUUUCUAAAGGAGGUCAUACGAGGAUUCCGAACAACAAAACUCUCAUUCAAGCCUCAAACAAGAUGUUUAAUCAUUCAUUAAGAUGGUUCUUCAACCUACCUAACAGGACAUGUUCUACGUUCCACGGACUAGUCUACAUUUUACAGUAUGACCUUCUUAAAUCAGAUUUGCGCACAGAGUUAGGAAAGCUAGCGCAGUUUCUUAAUAUAAGUGUCCCUCAAGCUGCCAUUGACUGUACCGUAUAUCUCCAAGAGGGAAAUUUUCACCGGAAGUCUAACGCCGAGGACCACUUGCGCAUGCUCAGGACUGUAUAUGACGACAAGAAACUUGAACAGCUUCGCAUAGUCGUCAGGAAAACAGAAAGCAUUCUGGAAAAACGUUUCAAUAAAAAGUUUUACUUAGGAGGUGACACGGAAAGUGCACUCUUAGGCAAAGUUAAUACUUAAUUUCAUUUUUAACGCCUAUGACACUGCAGUUGUCCUAGUUAUACUUGAUAUACCAGUUUUUAUUUGGAAUUUUCAGAAAGUUCAUCCAUUUUAUCUGCUUUUUUGACAUUUUUUGUUUUCUUUUAUAUUCAGAGUAAACACACAUAGUAACUAAAUGAGCAUUGUCUUUGUGAAUAGUGACAUGAAAAUAGUGGUUUUAUGUCCCUUUACCUUUGAUGAAAAUUUGUACAAUCUUUUCAUAGGAACUGUGAACAUUACCGUACAAAGGGGAUUUUCCGCCGAGAAAUAUUGUUAAGUCAAAGGUUGAUGACCCUGUCAAAAACGAUUGGUUGAUUUUGUCAAAGAGCCAACCUCUGCAAUGCAAGCUACCGAUAUGCUGUCAGCCUUCGAUAACAUCCGAUGGCGCCGAUCACCUGGGAAAUUGGUAUAUAAAUAGUUUAGAGAUCAAAUAUCGUAGUGGUUCAACAAGUUGAGAACUCGAUUGAUGUUUUAAAUUUAAUGCAUUAAACAUUAGAUAGAUUUUCUUAACCCGAUAACAUUUACAUCUUUUGAGCUUUCUGCGAUAAUUUUAUCUACUGAAUGUCUUUAAAUUCCCACAUUACUCCAACACUUUAUUGGUAAGAAAAUCCAAGGCUUUGGUUUCUGACUUGAAGCUGAUAUGUUGGCCUUAUGCAAGAGCUUAACGAGUUGUAUCAGUAGUAAU